AUGGACAGCUUCUCAGUCGCCUCACUUACAUCCGUCACAUCCUCCAUCUCACAGCGCGCCGUCUCGGGCGCUGGGGAGAUUCGGAGCCUGCAGUGCGCCGCCGCCGGCCAUGUCAGCGACAGCCAACCGCCGCUGAGCGAUCUCGUGACCCUCGCCGACCUCCUCGAAAAGGCCAGCCGUGAUGUCGAGAAGCUUGGGCAGGCACUCAGCGCCUCGUCUGCGGUCGCCGAGCGCUUGCAGAAGAAGCUUAAAGAAGCGCUGACUGCGAGCGAGACAACAAUCGCGGGGCUGGUUAAGCAGCUUAUGCGCCUGAAUCCGAGCAGCCUCGCCAGCGUAUACGUGAGCUACGUCCACAGACAACAGCGUGUGGUGCUGGCAUACAGUGACCUUUUCCAAUAUUAUACCCAGAUCGUAGCGCUACCAGAUAGAGAGCAUCAAGACAAGCGCCUAGAUACCACAGACUGGCAACAUCUUACAGAAGUAGCGACACAAGCUGCACAAAAAGCUACACAGUCGCCCAAUACCAUUAUCACGAUACGAGCGUCAGGGCCAGAUGGCACGUCUCCCCUCGUUUACACAGCACCGGCCAGUUCGUCGCAGCGACCAGACGCCUAUGCCGAUGACGCAGAGCGCGGCGGCUUCGGCUCUUUUGUCUCUUCUCUUAAAGCCAUGAUGUCGUCGGUCCUGCCGAAGCCGGAUCCGCUUGUCUGCGCGCUGUGCGAGGCGUGCGCCCGCGGUGACACCCGGCUUGUGAAAGGCCUCCUCGAGCAGGGCGCCAACAUUGACGGCAAGAACGAGAACCGCGACACGCCGAUGCACGUCGCCAUCCAAGCCAACCAGGUUGCCGUCGCGGCCGUGCUGGUCGAAGGCGGCGCAGAUCUCGAAGGCGCCCUCAGCUCGGCCAAGCUGCCGCCGCUGUUCCAGGCCGCUGCCGCGGGCCAGAUGGGCAUGGCGCAGAUGUUCCUCGACCAUGGCUGCGACCCGCUGCAGACGUCCCCAUACAGCACGCCGUACUUUUACGACGUGGUCGAGGCGGGCAGCGUCGACGGCGCGCGUCUGCUCCUCGAGCACGGCUGCGACGUGGAAUCGACAAACUCGUCUGGCCGGACAGCCAUUGUCGCCGCCGUCCGCCGCGACAGCGUACCCAUGGUCGAACUGCUCAUCGCGCACGGCGCCAAAGCGCGCGGCGUCUGCGACUCGAGCGGCGGCUCGCUCCUCGGCUCCACCAAGAACAUUGAAAUGGUGCGCGUGCUUCUCGAUGCCGGCGCCGACGCCGAUUCGCGCGGCAGCAGCGGCUGCCACGUGCUGGUCGACGCCGUCACCGACCGUAACCUGCCCAUCGCGUAUCUGCUGCUGAGCCGGGGUGCGCGCGGCGACCGCAGCACCAUGUCGGGCCAGCCGCUCGUCAUCACGGCCAUCCGCGACAAGCAGCUGCACGUCCGCGACAAGACGGAGCUUGUGCGGCGGCUGCUGCAGCGCGGCGCCAAGGCCACGUGCAAGGACAGCGGCACGCCCGCGCUGCGGUAUGCGCUCGAGCAGCCCGGCGGCCUGCCGGACAUUGUCGCCAUGCUGCUGCAGCACGGUGCCGAAGCCAACCGGUGCACCAUGAACAGCAAGACGGGCGAGACGGCGCUGCUGUACGCCGUGCGCACCGGCAAGGGCGUCGAGGCAGGUCACCUCCUCAAGCACGGCGCCAAUCCCAACGAGGGGUGCGACGGGAAGCAGAGCGGCGGCAGUAAAGGCAUGGUGAUGCUGUCGCCGCUGGUGCAGGCUGUGGUCAGACGGGACGCGGACAUGAUUCGGCUGCUGCGUAGUUACGGUGCCAGGUUGGAUGAGACGAUGCUCGAGUUUGCCAAGGUGGUCGUGGAGCAGCCGCAGAUUUACGAGUCGAUUACGGCGCCGCCGGUGAAUAGUGGUGCUUCCUCAUCGGGAGGGCAGCAGAGUAGAGGAAGGGGGUUGUCGGUGCAGGUUGAAAUUAGCAUGGGCAGAAAUGCGCCGCGGGCAGCGAGCCCGCCGCCAGCGUACGAAGCGGUGUCGACGCUCGCGGGACAGUAA